AUGGCGGAGAACAGCCGGAUUUUGAAGAUUUCUCCUUUUAUCGGUGGCGAAGACCACAGGAUGUCCAAUGAAAUAUGGACGGAAUGGAUAGACGAGCUUGAACUUGAAUUACGGUUCCUUGAAAUAACGGAUCCUCAGAAGAAGAAAGAUGCAUUGUUACUAUAUGGAGGUAAGGAGAUAAGAAAAUUGGAAAAGAAUUUGACUGAUCCGGAAACCGGUGAUAGAUACGAGAAGUUGAGGUCAAAAUUAACUGAACAUUUUGCCCUGAAGAAGAAUAUAUAUUAUAACAGAUAUAUAUAUCUGAAGAUGAGACCAGAACCUGGUGAAUCAACGGGUUCAUAUGCUGCAAGGUUGCGAGAAAAAACUGUAGGAUGCGACUUUCAUAACGACAAUGAAAGGAUUCUUGAACAUCUAAUACAGACAUCGGAGAAUGAAGAGUUGAUCCGAAAGGUGAUAUAUAAGAAAUUAGACUUGCCGCAGACUUCGGCAGCAAUGCAGUUGAUUGAAGACACGUCACGGCAGGUAAAGGAAAUGAGCCAAGGAGGUGAGAUAGCCAAGAUCAAUAGACGAAGCGACACCAGCGGGUUAAAGAGACAUUCUGGGAAUUAUCAAGCGAACGAAAAAUGCAGAUAUUGCGACAGAAAGCCCCCCAAGAAGAAGGAAUUGUGCCCGGCUUGGGGAAAGACCUGUUCCAAGUGA